AUGCGGGCGACACCGUCGCUGUUGAACAAAGGCAUCUGGGCCCGAACCAUGGACGAAUUCAAACGGCGCGCGAGUAUUGCCGUGAAAGCCGAAGGGAUCAAGGGCCCUUCGGGCCCAUUUGUCCUUCAAGACUUUCGCACGCCUGGCUCUACCGACGACUGCAAAAUCAUGACUGACCAAGAGAUUGGCGGCUUCUCCCACGGCGCCCUCGAAUGGGUCCCCUCCCUACCCUUCACAACGACGACCUCGUCGCAAAGCAGCCCGGCAAGUAGCACCCGGGGCUACGCCCGCUUUCACGGCACGAUAUCCACCGACCUCCCCAAAAACGACCCCAAGAUUCAACGCACAGGCUUCGCAGCAUGGAGGACGCCGGACCAGAAGCCGACUCUGUUCGGCAAGGCGGUCUGGGAUAUUGACCCGUACUCGUAUCUCGCGUUGCGCGUAAAAUCGGACCGGCGGAGCUACUUUAUCAAUCUGCAGACGGACUCGGUAGUGCCAACAGACCUGCACCAGCACCGACUGUUCGCGAAGCGGCCGGGCGAAUGGGAGACGGUGUUCAUCAGGUGGAACGGCUUUGUGCGGACGAAUCACGGCUUCGUGGUCGAACCACAGAUGGAAAUGCUGCGGUCCAAGGUCACGACUGUCGGCCUGGGAUUGACAGAUCGUGUGCCGGGUCCGUUUGAGUUAUGCAUUGAAAGGAUUUGGGCGACGAACGAUGUCGAAGAGGCGGUGGAGGAGAGUGACGGGGACAUGAUGGCUGCGCAGGAGGCCAGGGAAGCGAGGGAGAGCGAGUUGAGGAAUCGGGAGGGGAAGAGCAUCCGGUGGAGGGAAAGGUGA